AUGGGUUUAGGUAAAACAGAAUGGGAGGAUAUUCAAAUUAAAUAUGGUAAUAUGGAAGCGCCACCAAAACAAUUAACAGAGGAUGAAUUAUUUGAUUUAAUUAAAGAGGCUGCAGAAAUGGCUACAGAAGCAGAAAAGAAUGAAAAAUUAGAGAAUGCAUCAUUAAAAGAUCUUAAGGAUAUGGAAGAUGAUGAGGAUGAAGAUGUACUUGAACAAUUAAGAAAGAAGAGAAUUCAACAAAUGAAAGUUGAAGCAGAAUUAAAUAAAUUUGGUGAAUUAAAAGAAAUCUCUGAACCAUCUUAUAAAUCUGAAGUAACUGAAUGUAAAGGUGUAAUGGUUGUAGUUCAUCUUUUUAAAAAUGGUAUUCCUCAAUGUCAAUUAGUAAAUCAACAUUUAACAAUAUUAGCAAAGAAAUUUAAAGCAACUAAAUUUGUAAAGAUUAGAUCAGAGGAAGCAAUUCAUAAUUAUCCAGAUAAGAAUUUACCAACAAUUUUAGUUUAUUUCAAUGGUGAUAUCGUUGGUCAAAUCAUUACAUUAAGAGCAACAGGUGGUGAUGCUACAACUGUAAAUGAUAUUGAAUGGCAACUUAAACAAGCUCAUGCAAUUAAAAGUGAUCUUCAAGAAGAUCCAAGAAUUACUCUUGCAAGAAAGAAAUCUCAAAAAUCACGUUAUUCAAAAGCAGAUUCCGAUGAAUCUGAUAAUUCUGAUUCUGAUGAUUAA